AGGGUUACGAAAAGUAACCUCCUGUUACAGUGACCUCGCGAAACUCUCGGGAUAUUUAGAUUUGUUUUUAAGGAUGCGUGGUUCUCCAUUGAGCUCUUCAUCCCGGUGUGGGUGGCUAAUUAAUAUAUGUUCGCUUAGCGUGAAGACAUGAUCAGCCGGGGGUUCGUUGCACAUUGAGACAGCUACAAUACGGAUUUAUUCAGUGUUUUACGGAGACCCGGAAGUAGUAUAAGGUAGAUGCUCUGUUUGUGUGAGUUUGUUGGAGAAAGGACAACACUCGAAUGACAAGUUGAGCGUCGGUGAUGGAAAAUGAAGGCAUUGUCUUGAAUGCCUACGUGAAAAAGAUGCCGAGUUUUAUUAGCACUUACGACGAAGACAACGUGAGUCAUGAGUCCAGCGAAGUUGGGGCACCAAGCACAGAUUUUGUGCAGGGUGAUAGGGAAACCAAAGUGUGUGUUCCAGAGAGUGUUUUGGAACUGCACAACCACAGACUUGAAAACAAAGACAAUGUUGAAAGAGACAGGAAGACUACAGCGGUGGAUAUUUUGAGAAGAAAUUUUGGACGGUCUAGAUCACGUCGAAAUUUCAGUUUUACGGAGGAUUACAGAGAGCCAGAGGAUGUAGUUGUUUCAAUUAGCAACAUGCAAAUGGGGCACUCCGAAACAAGUGAAGAACAUCCGAAAAAUAAUGGACAAGUGGAAGUAAAGUUACAGUGUCAGUCGAAAUCGGAAUUGUCCGAUGAAGAGGAGGUCGAUAUUAGGGCAAAUGAUUCAGGGGAAACUUUUGAAUGUAAAGUUGAACCUAUAGAAGAAGGCAGUACUCGUGAGUUGAAACAACAUGUCUACUGUUCCGUUUAUUGUAUUGCCAACGACAGUUACAGGAAUUCUGUUGACAACACAGCAGGCGAAGAGGAAAAUCGGACAGUGACUCCCUCGACAUCGAACACAUCACUCGAACAAAACACACAAUCCCUGCAAAGUGAUUCGGAGCUUAGAGGAUAUCCCGAGCCUUUUACCUUAGCGGAUCUGGUGGAUGCUACCACGUUGAACAACUUUUAUAAUGGGGAGUCAAGUCUGUCCGUGUUGACUUGCCGCAUUUGUCUGGAAGAUAAACAAAUAAAGCCGCUGCUUUGUUGCAAAAGGGCUGUCUGUGAGGAAUGUCUGGACACAUACAUCAGUUCACAGGUGCGUGUGGGGCGUGUGGCCAUCGCCUGUCCCAUCACGGAGUGCAGCGGCUUCCUGGAGGAGAGCGUGGUGGUGGCCACCCUGGCUUUCGAGGACGUGGCCAAGUACAAGUACUUCCUGGAGCUGAGCCGCCUGGACGCCGGCACCAAGCCGUGCCCGCAGUGCAAUCUGUUCACCUCGCUCAAGAGCCGCAGCGGGGAACCCACGCCCAUCCGCAUCGAGAACAAGUACAAGAUCCAGUGUAGCAAGUGCCAGUUUGUGUGGUGCUUCAGGUGCCACGCCCCCUGGCAUGACGGCCUGAAGUGUCGGGACUACCGGAAGGGGGACAAGCUGCUGCGCGACUGGGCCGGCGUCAUCGAACACGGACAGAGGAACGCCCAGAAGUGCCCACGCUGUAAGAUCCACAUCCAGAGGACCGAGGGCUGCGAUCACAUGACCUGUACCCAGUGCAACACUAACUUCUGCUACCGCUGUGGGGAGAGGUACCGGCACCUGCGUUUCUUCGGCGACCACACCUCCGACCUGAGCGUGUUCGGCUGCAAGUACCGCUACCUGCCUGACAAGCCCCACCUGCGCCGGUUCGUCAGGGGCUCGGUCUGCGUGACUAAACUGCUGUUGUGUCCACUGGUGAUUGUGCUCACGGUGGUGGUUGGUGCAGUGGUCAUCGUCGUUGCUCUGCUGAUUUUCCCCAUCUACUGCUGCAAGAAGCGCAGGAAGAGGCCGCAAGGGACCGAGUACUGGCUCUCCUGAAGACCCUACCGUCACCACCACCACCACCACCACCAAUGCCGCUGCUGGUCCAGCCCGGCACUUGGGUCAAACAGGGACGUGGCAGAUGGGUGGGCCCCGUGGACACGGAU